GAGAAAAAAAAAAACGAAUUUCAAAUAGGCGUGGAGGGUUUUUAAAACAAGGGGUGUUGACGGUUUUUCUUUUUUGCUUUCGUUUUUUGCUUUCUAGCUUCUCCUUGUUUUCAUUUGCUUUGCAGAGUUCUUUCUCCUGCCCCUUCCUUCUUCUUUAAAAGUCUAUAAUUCGUGGGUUAUUUGCAAUGUCGUUGUCGGCUUCGUCGUCAAACAAGGAGCUUGUGAGGCGCAUGGUUGUGCUGGGAUAUCGUGGAGUAGGCAAAACGUCGGCUAUCCACCGGUUCCUCGAGGACGAGUUCAUUGAGAUGUACUAUCCGACAGUGGAGCUCGUGCACGACCAGAAGAUCUCGGUGGGCGGCGUAGAGUACGAGGUGCAUAUUAUCGACUCUGCGGGCCAGGACGAGUUUUCGCUGCUGGACACACGGUACGCAGUGGAUAUUGACGUGUACGUGAUUGCGUUUUCGGUGGUGGCGCGCAAGAGCUUCGAGAUGGCGCGGAUAAUCCGCGACAAGAUCCUGGAUCUGACGGGCACCGAGUCGGUGACCAUGGUGCUGGUGGGCAAUAAGAUUGAUCUCAAGGACCAGCGCACGGUCACGUACGAGGAGGCCGAGGCGCUGGCCAAGGAGUUCGGGUGCCCGUAUAUCGAGACGUCGGCCAAGACCAACAACAACAUCAGAGAGCUGUUUGUCAAGUCGGUCUCGGAAACCACCAAGCAGGAGGGCGAGGCGGCGGAGAACACCGAGGGCAGCAAGUGCGUUAUUAUGUAAACUAGAAAGCCGCCCACGGAAAAGGCAAAAGGCAAAAGGCAAAAGGCAGACGGCGUUUUGUCUUUUGUGGAGGGGCGGGCGGGCUUGCAUCGCGAGCGCGGGAUUUCUAGUUGUUA